AUGUCCACCUCCUCGUCGAUGUCCAUGUCUAGCAUGUCCAGCAUGUCCAUGUCCAUGGUUUUCACCAACUCCCACACCACCCCCCUCUUCUCCUCCCAGUGGGCUCCCUCCUCCAGUGGUACCUACGCCGGCACCUGCAUCUUCCUCAUCAUCCUCGCCAUCAUCGGCCGCUGUCUCGUCGCAUUCAAAGCCCUCCUAGAGCGCCGCUGGCUCGACGCCCACCUCAACCGUCGCUACGUCGCCAUCGCCGGAAAGUCCACCGAAGCGGGGCGCAUCGAAGCCGAUCCCGACGCCAAAGCCGCCAGUCUCGUCACGGCUCAGGGUGUCGAGGAGAAAGUCAAGGUUGUGCGGAAAUUGUCGCAUCAACCGCUCCCGUGGCGCUUCAGUGUGGAUCUUCCCCGUGCCAUCAUGUAUCUCUUCAUCACGGGUGUUUCUUAUCUACUGAUGUUAGCGGUCAUGACAAUGAAUGUGGGGUAUUUCUGCUCUGUUCUCGCAGGGGCCUUCUUGGGCGAGCUGGCCGUGGGCCGGUUCGUUCAGUGGAAUGAGCAUGACCAUUAA